AUGCCAAAACGCUCCCGUCACCGCCCUCUCAACCCCAACGCCACACUCUCCAUGCUACCCCCCGAAAUCCUCGAACAGAUCCUUAUCUACUUCCCCGCUAAGACCCUUUUGACCAGACAUCGUCUAGUCUGUAAACGCUGGAACUCCCUCUUAACCACUUCCAGCGUUCUAAAAUACUAUAGUACCACAUCAACAUACCAUCCCACCACCGAACGACAAAUUAGAUGGUACCAAUAUUCUUACGAUUUCAACCCUUUGUUCGUUGAUAUUUUGUAUCAGUUGUGGAAAAGGCUUGUUCCCUUGUGGAGUAAAUAUCAAGAACCUACUGGUGGCAAUGAUAAUGAAGAUGAAAGGGAUAUAGUUAAUGCAGGGUUAGUUCGAGAGAUUGAAGUAUUGUAUUUACGAUAUCUUCAUAUCUUCUCUAUCAUCCCCAUGAUCCACCCUGUAUACCGAGAAACCAGACGACGGAUUGCUCAUAUCAACUGGGGGGAAAUCAAAUCACGGUCUGUGAUUGUUUCGGAACAGGAGUGGGAUCAAGAGGAGGCAGUGGCGAUAGCUGAGAAAUAUACGAAAGAAGUAAACCUGCAGCUGGAUAAGAAAGCAGAAAAGCAAGAGGAAGAUAAAGAAAAGGAAGAACUAGAAGAGAAGGCGGGACGGGUAGUAAAAGAAUCUUCAAGGCUUUAUAUUCCGUUUGCAUACUCUCCGAGAUCUAUCAGUUUCAACCCUUCGCCGGAUAAUUCCAGAGGUUUGUUGGUAUACCUCUGUCGGUUCAUGUUCAUGUCCAAGCCAGCUUAUAACUCCUCUUCCUCUUCCUCUUCAACUACAACUCCACCGGAAAUGAUUUCGACGAGAAUCAAUAUCAAGGUAUAUCUAGCAUGGGCUAACCAGGAUCAGAAUACUGAGGUUGAAGGUCGAACAUUGUCUUUGCUGAGUACAGGGUCUAAUGGGAAUAGACCUGUCAUAUCGAAGUUUGAUAUCAAUGGUUUCGCUACUACAAUUUUUUAA